AUGGCCGUUCGCUUCAAGUAUUUCUGUUUCCCGACAGGGAUUUUAUAGAUUUUUAAAAUAAAAAAUAAAAUUACGUUAGAAAUUAAACCUCCACUCUUCGGAGAAAAAUCACGCCAAUUCCCAAUAAACUCAUCAAGUUAUUAAGUGGAGCAAGCGACGAUGGAAUGAAAGUGCUUCUGUAAAGGGUGUGGAUUCUGGAAAAAGUGCAGUAUGGAUGGAAUGGAACUGAGUAAUGAAGAUAAUUGCUCAAGUACCACAGCAAUGAACAUUGACUCUGCUGAAAAUAGUUCUUUAGGAGAAGAUGAAGAAGCUGAUCCGUCUGCAUCUUGUUGCACAAAACGAGAAGAAACAUCAGGUCAUGGUUUGAAAGAGCAGCACAAGGAGCAGUGCAGCUCGGAGCAAAAGCUGUGCGUGUUUUGUAAUUGUGGAGAGCAGAGCUUACAUGGGCAAAGAGAGCUGAAGCAAUUUGAUCCAUCGGCUGUGUUGGAUGAAUUUGGAAAUGGAGAAACAAACAGAACUACAAAGGAAGGCAGUCCAGCAUCAAUGCACAUGAGUGUUUCAGGGAUGGAGGGGCUCUCCGAUGAACUUGUGCAAGUUGGCUUUGAAAAAAGUGCAACAACAAUGGCUCUCUUUGAGUCAACAGGACACUUCUGGGCUCAUCAUUGGUGUGCAGCCUGGUCAAAUGGUGUUGAACAGGGUGAAGGACAAAAACUGGUCAAUGUGGACAAAGCUGUAAUCUCAGGUAUCUCACAGAAAUGUGAGUAUUGUAAACGGUUGGGAGCUACCAUCCAGUGCCAGAUGGAGGGAUGUUUAAGAUCGUACCACUUUCCCUGCGCAGCAGCAUCUGGGUCCUUUCAGUCAAUGAAAUCAUUAACCCUACUGUGUUCAGAACACAUUGAUAAAGCAGUGGAAAUAGCAAAGGAUGAGGCAAAUUGUGGUGUCUGUGAUGCUCCAGGGGAUCUCCUGGACCUUCUCUUCUGUACCAGCUGUGGAUUGCAUUAUCAUGGUGCAUGUCUGGAAAUUGCCAUCACACCAGUUAAACGUGCUGGUUGGCAGUGCCCUGAGUGCAAAGUAUGCCAGACUUGCAGACAGCCUGGUGCCGACACAAUGAUGCUUGUGUGUGAUGCAUGUGACAAGGGCUAUCACACAUUUUGUUUAAAACCAGCCAUGGAGUCACUGCCUACUGAUAGCUGGAAAUGCAAGAACUGCCGGGUGUGCAGUGAUUGUGGUUCAAGGUCUGCAGGGAAGCAUCCAAAUGCACAGUGGCAUCACAACUAUUCAGUGUGUGAGAAAUGUUACUGGCAACGAAACAGGGAUACUGCAGUGUGCACAAUAUGUGGUAAAACAAAUGAACAAAUGGAUGACACACUAAACUGCCAUAUCUGCCAAAGGUGGAUCCAUGCAGACUGUGGCGCUUCGUCUCUCAGUUUAUCAGGGCAACAAUACACAUGUACGAUGUGUAAAAACCCAUCACAAAACUCUGGUCUUUCACCUUCUGAGCAUGUUGUUGAGAGGCGGUUGAAGCUUCGUUCGGUGGAAUCAGAGAACAUAAAAGAAACUGAAUGGACUGAAAAGCGGAGAAAGGACGUUGAGCCAGAAAAACAAUUGAAUGAGUGUGUCGCUGGAGACCCAUUUCAAAAACAAGAGGGUUCGAUUGAUACGACUAGUAGUGGCAUGGUAACAGAAAUUCAAGGACAGCAAACGUCAGAUGUUGGCACCAAGGAGCAGGUGGAAUCUCAAUCUCUUGUUUCUUUGGAGGAAGAUGGGGUUGAAGACUUAACUACAGCGAAAGAGAUUGAAUAUGAGAAACCUAAUGAAGGUUUGCAUUCUUCUCCAGAUACAGAGCUUUGUCAGACAUCUGAAACUGAGGUAGGUGCUCCACGUUCUGAGAACAUUAAAAGUGGAGUAGUCACUUCAGUGGAAUCUUUGUCUGCAGAUAAAGAAUUACCAGAACAUUUUAGUUUAGAUGCAACAGACCAGUUGGAAGAUUUUAUACAGGAGAAAGAAGUAAAGAUGGAGAGCCCGGUUUCUCCAUUAGACCAGGUUGAGCCAAGUGUUCCUGCAGAAAUGGGUGUCAGCCCCACUGGUCCUGUCUCAGAAGAAUUGAAACCCCACCACUUUGUCGCAGAUCCUGACCUGAUAGACUCUGCUAGUAACUCUGCCGAAGCACAAUUAGACUCUGCCUCUGUUUUGAUCCAGCAGGAGACUGACAAAAUCCAGACAGACAAAACUGAACUGUGUGACAUUCCUGCUGACUCUGUCUGUGGCUUUGUGGAGAGGGGUGAAGUUUCUAAUAUAGUAUCGGAUGGGAUGGAGACCAGGGAUAAUCCUGUUGAAAUGGAAGUUAAUGAUAUUGUAACCCCUAUGGAGGUUGUACCUGCAGUAAAUAAGCUAAAGACUGAGCAAGAUGCUCAAAUGGAGGUGCAAAAUGGGAGCACAGACCCUGUCUGUAACGUGUUCAUUAAAUCUGAGAUUGUGGAGGAGACAUCAAAUCAAAGUCAAACUGACUCAAACAGCACCUGCUUAGAACCAGAUUAUCCAGUUACUUUGGACCGUGAUCCACGUCUGGCUUCCAUGGAUGUUUGUAUGACCGUAGCAGAUGAUAUUUCUUCAAGAGUGGAAGAAGAAACUGAAAAGUCAAAUUCAGACCUCCGGUUGACAGAAACUGAAGAUUCCCUCCCAGCUGACUCUGGAAUGAUGAAGAGUGAAUCUGGCAAGCCUGCUAUAAUGAAGAGGCGCUUUUCACCAGGUCGCCCUCGAGUAAAACAGGGUCGUUGCAACAGUUUUCCAGGCAAAAAACGACCCCGUGGUGGUGGACACGUUGGGCGAGGCCGAGGGCGAUCACGUUUGAAGUCUGUAUCUGGAAUCUUGGAGUCUUUAGGGUCCACAGGAGUGGAUACGUCUCCAAGUAAAGAUGAUGAUGAUGACGAUGACACAAUGCACAACACAGUGGUUCUCUUCUCCACUGAAGACAAAUUUAUUCUCCUGCAGGAUAUGUGUGUGGUUUGUGGGAGCUUUGGACGAGGGGUGGAGGGACAGCUGUUGGCCUGCUCACAGUGCGGACAAUGCUACCACCCAUACUGUGUCAACAGUAAGAUUACAAAAGUUAUGUUGAGCAAAGGGUGGCGUUGUUUGGAAUGUAUUGUAUGUGAAGCAUGUGGAAAAGCUUCCGAUCCUGCUCGAUUAUUGUUAUGUGAUGACUGUGAUAUAAGUUACCACACAUAUUGCCUGGAUCCACCAUUGCAAACUGUUCCAAAGGGUGGGUGGAAAUGCAAGUGGUGUGUUUGCUGUACACAGUGUGGUGCCACAACACCUGGUUUUCACUGUGAGUGGCAGAAUAACUACACUCAUUGUGCACCUUGUGGCAGCCUUGUUACUUGUCCUAGCUGCAAUGAAGACUACGAAGAAGAAGAUCUUCUCAUACAGUGUCAUCAUUGUGAUCGGUGGGUCCACGCCAUUUGUGAAAAUCUCUUCACAGAAGAUGAAGUGGAACUAGCAGCAGAUGAGGGCUUUGAUUGUACUGCGUGUGAGCCCUUUGUUGUUCGUCCAAUUGUUCGAAGUGAAUCCCCUGUGAUUGCACCUAUUGUCAAAGUCAAGGAUCCAGAGCCACGGUUUUAUAAUCAUGACGGCGUAUGGCUGACAGAGUCGGGAAUGUCACAGUUCCGAAGUCUCUUACUUUCUCCGCCACACAAAAAAGGACCAAAGCCCAAACUAAAGAACAAACCUCCAACUCCAUGCAGUGAGCCAAUGAUGGUUAGUGUAGAUGGCUCAUCUAUAGAAAUAAAGAAAGAAGAAGGUGAAGGGGAGGAGGAAAAAGCUGCCAUGGAACCUGGGGAGUGUGAAGUAAAAUUUGAUGCACCUGUCAGUCAGGAGCGAGAGGUGUGUCCAGUGACUGAUCCCAUAAAAACAACUGAAGAAACUGAGGAAGGGAAAAAGAGGAAGAGGAAGCCAUACAGACCUGGAAUUGGUGGAUUUAUGGUCCGCCAGAGGCAAUCCCGGACAAAAAACUUGAGUAAAACUUCUGUACCACAGCCUGGAGUGUCCACUGAAUGUCCAAACACGGAAGGCACCAAAGAAGAAGGUACUCAGAUGGAGCUUCCAGCUGAAGGUGCUGGUGAUAUACCUGUAAUAGGAGCCGAUGUGUGUGAAAAGGCAAAAAAACGGCAACGUCGAAAGAAAAGCAAGUUGGAGGAUUCUUUUCCAGCAUAUCUGCAGGAAGCGUUCUUUGGAAAAUCACUGCUGGACAGCAGCCGGAAGGUUUGCCUCAGUUCAGAGGGUUUCUCUGACAGUGAAAGCACUGAGUUUCCACAAGCCACGCCUCAAGCGGACUCGGCACCUCAGCAGAAGGAUUUACUUGAGGAAAAGCGUGAUGGAGCCCAUGGAAAGGCCCCUGAUGCAAAGACAAUCCAAGCCAUCCCAGAACACAAUGGAGAUCCAAUCCCUGAUGAACCAACCAAAACUGAAGAAACGCAACCAGAUGGAAUGGGUUUCGAUCUCAGUCCUUUCCACGCAGACAGCUCCCUCUCUCCCUUUGCUGGGAUUGACAUCUCAUCCGUUACGGAUGAGCUUUCAGCCAAUCAUCCAAAUGAGAGCUCAAAGCGAAAUCAGCCUUUCAGUGAUGUUCCAGUGGAGGGUGCCCUCAGCUCAGAUCUUGACAAGAUUGUUACAGAAGAACUGGCACAAAUGGAGAGUAAAGAUGUACAACAACUCUUCACUGAUGUUUUGGGAUCACAGGGAAAUCCUCCACUUUCAGAAUCAAUGUUGGGUGGUAUCAGAACUGCCUCUGAAAGCCAUCUUCUCACUUCUCAUGGCUUGGGAGAGCUUAUCAGACCUUCAGUAUGUCAGCGGUCUCUCCUUCCUGGAGCGACAAUGGCAGUUGGACAACAUGCUAUUGGUGGUCCUCUGGCACAGACUUCGGGUGCGACAGGGGAAUCAUUUCCAAAUGUGUGUCAGUCACCAUUUCUUGAAAACAGGGAAAGGAGUAUACCUUUCAGCCCAGAAAGUGGGGAGCAACAGAGCCCAUGGACAACCCCUGCCACCCCUGCCACUCCAACCACUCCAACUACCCCGACCACUCCUACAGAGGGAGAAGGAGAUGGGCUGUCCUACAACCAGCGAAGUAUAUUGAGAUGGGAAAAAGAUGAGGCUUUGGGGGAGUUAUCAACGAUAUCACCUGUUCUCUACGCAAAUAUCAACUUCCCGAACCUGAAACAUGAUUACCCAGACUGGGCAAGUCGUUGUAAGCAGAUCACUAAGAUUUGGAGAAAGGUACCAGCACCUGACAAAGCACCAUUUCUGCAAAAGGCCAAAGACAACAGGGCAGCUCAACGCAUCAACAAAGCACAGAAGCAAGUUGAUAUGCAAGGUAACAGGCAGCCCAAAAUUGAGAGACAAGAUGUAAAACAGGAUCGUAAACCACCCCGUCAUCUGCAAGCCCUGACACCGAAUACUGCAGUGAGCAGUCUCACUUCUGCAACGUUAGUUGGUGGGAAUUCCAGUUCCCCAACAGAACUGAGGAUUGAAGGUUUAUGCCAGAAUUCUUCACUAUACAGUAACAAAUCAUUUACUACCUCGGCCAAUGAAUUUGUGAAAUUGCAGUCAGCAAGCCCAUCAUCUGCAGACUCCAGCAGUGAUUUGUUUCCAAAACUGCACAUGCAGUCUCCAACUGGAAUUGUAGCCCAGGAUCUUUUUGGGCAUUCACUCACACCAUACCCUCAGGAACCAAACAUUCAGUCUUCCAGUAAUCCAAGUCAAGCACCAGCAUGGAACAGCUCCCACCACCAGUCGGGUGUACCUCGUCCUGUUGUUCCAGGCCGACCACAGCUUAUUAGCUCUUCGGAGCUGCGUUCUACAACACCAGACAUGUCACACCAUCAGCACCCUUUAACUCCUGACUCUUACCUUCGAUCUAGAGUGCUCGGUGAGUCGCGUGAUAGCAACACAGUUGAUCAGCCUUUAGGAAGUCCAGGGUUUCGUUCAUCACAGUCAACAGAUUGUUACACAAAACCAACUGAAACUGUAACAUUGCCAUCAUCAACUGGCGAACAGAUAAGGCGACUUUCGGAUUCAGAAGUUGGAACACAACACCCCAGAAAUGAACAGUAUACAGGAGUCAUGAAGCAAGAUUUGAGUGCAAAUUCCUUGGCACUUCACAGAGCUGCAAUUUUGGAUCCAAGUAUGAAUGUACGGUCACUCUCUGAUGGGAGGGACAGAGAUAUCUUCAAAGCACCUUUAACUCCAAGAUCAUCAUAUAUGGACCAAACGCCCAUAGUCCCUGCUCAGCGUUCUCAGGAACUACACCCUCAGUCUCAGGGUGUCUCACCACAGACUCAAACAGAUUUAUACAGGCAGUCUCCUUCUACAUCAUUUUCUGAUCCAUAUCAUCAACCUCCUUUGACACCACGACCAUCUCCUAGUGAAAGCUGCUCUCCACUACCUCCUAAAUCUCUCCCUUCUGAUUCUCUUCCCAGGGUCCCCAUGAGUCCACAGUCUCAGUGCAGUUCACCAUUGACACCUAGGCCACAUUCCAAUGAGACAUUUUCCCAGUCUCCCAUUGCUUCUAGAUUCCAGUCACCAGAUCCUUAUUCUAGGCCAUCUUCAAGAGAUCCUUAUGCUCAGCUUCAUAAGCCACAGAGACCCCAAAUGGUUGACACAGGUUUUAAAUCCUCACCAGUGCCUCACGGGCAGCCACCUGGUAACAUUCAGCAUUCAGCAAUAUUUUCUCAACACAGUGAUAGCUUAAAAUCAGCUUAUGUAAUGCAGCCUCAAUCUCCAAGGCCUCACUCUUUUGAUGCAUGUUCCAAGACGUUUACUAGUGUUCAGCCACAAAAUCCAUUUCCAUUCACUACUUCACCAGGCGAUAUGGUGAAAGAAACCCAUUCUCAGCAGUCAAUAUCUCAAAUGCCAAGAGCAAAUAAUUUUCCACAGAGUCACCUAAUGGGCAGCCAGCUCAAUACAAAUGAUGCUCAUCGUCCUCCGCUCAAUGCCAGUAAUCAGUCAGGACUUCCAGAUACAGUAUCUAUCACAAGAGAUGAAACUUUCACCAACAUGCCUUUACGGCCAUCUUUGAUCAAGCAAGAUACACUACCUUUGCAGCAAGAUUGUUCGUACCAAACUUCAAAUAGCCGUUCAGUGAAUGAUCCAUCCCCGUCAGAGAGGAGCAGUGAGUGUUCCACACAGGUGCAUCCUCCAGCAUCUCCCAGCAGAGAUUUGCAUGAGCUUCCAUUUAACAGGGGCGCACAAGCCGGAAAUCUCAGUCAGACAGAGCUGGAGAAACAGAGACAGCGGCAAAGGUUGCGUCAGCUUUUGAUACGUCAGCAAAUACAACGGAAUAACUUGCGCCAGGAGAAGGAACAGGCUGCUGCAUGCGGGGGAGGCGCUACUGCAGCUAACUGGCCACAAGAAAGUUCGAACCAGCCCCAUGAGCUACAGACAAGAGCACCUCCUCCAUACCCGCUCUCCCAGGAUCGGUCUGGCCUGAGAGGGCUAAUCCCUGGCUCUGGAAAUGGAAGAUUAAUAAAUCCAGUGGCCAUAGAUAAACAGCGAUUGUUUCCUCAGGAUGAGAAUCUGUGUAGGCCUCCACAGCCAGGCACUACCCCUACUGGUGAAGUGAAUGCUUCGAGACAAUCAGGAGUUGGUAACCCACAAGGAUUUCACCCGAGAAGCUUACCGGCCGCUCAACAGCAGCAGUGGCAGCAGCAGUUAGUACAAAGACUUCCUGUACAGACUCGUUUCCAGCAACCUGAGGCUUUGCAUGUUAGCAGGCCUGCAGUGACCAUGCAAAUGAACAAUACAACUGGACUUAACCCUCGAAUUUCCACCCAGAUCACUUUUCAAAAUGCACAGCAACAAAUUGUGGCUUCACCAAUUCCUGUGAGCCCUCAGUACAUAGAACUCAGACACAAUUCCCAACGCUUACCAAUUGCUGCCCAAUUGACACAGCGCCCUCCCCAGCCAAGACAGCGUCUUCCACUACCAAAUCAAGAAAUCAGUCAGUUUGUCCACCAAAUGCAAGGUUGCAAGGUUUUGCCAAGGGGCCCAGGCACGCCUUUGUCACAGUCACCAGUUGGGAUUGCGCUCUUACCACAGCAGAAUAUCUCUGCUCAAUUACCAUCUUCACCUCAUUCAGUGGAAGUAUCAAAUGCCCAUCAGCAUAUCCAAACAAAAGAGCCUUUAGAAUCUACGGCACAAGUUGAAUCACAACAAACAUUUCAGGCUCCUUCAUCGACAUCAUCCUCUUCUAGUUGCAGCUCGGACAGUUUGAAGGACAGCUCCAUAUCCUUUCCGCUUAACUCUGUCCCAUCGAUGUCCAGUGUAGUUACAGAACAUGCAGAAUUGGAUCCUCGGAAAAUCCCUUGUGAUGAUUCAGUAGAAAAAGCCUUAGAUGAGGAACUUGACUCACCUAAAGAGCUAGAUGAAGAAGAUGACCUUGCCAAUCUGAGUCUUGACCCAGACAGUAAGACGGAUGAUGAGCUUGGUAACCUUGAUAACCUAGAAACCAAUGACCCCCAUCUAGAUGAUCUCUUGAAGUGUGAAGAGUUUGAUCUAUUGGCCUAUACUGAUCCUGAGCUGGACACGGGUGAUAAAAAGGACAUUUUUACAGAGCAGUUACGUUUAGUAGAAUCUGCAAAUGAAAAGGCAGAGGAAGGUCAGGAUAUACUAAGUAAUCCGGAUGCUGUAAACCCUGCAUUUAAGUGUACAAGUGAUAAAGUUAACAAAUCGUUAACAAUGAAAAAAACGGCAAAGGGAGAGGAGCAUGAAAAAGCAUUAGCCAAAUCCAGUGUCAUUGCAGAGACGCAUAACCCUGUCGGAAGCAGGCAGAGUGAAUCAGUGAAUAAUGUCACCUCAGAGCCGAACCGUGGCAAUCAGUGCAAUGAUCCAGUUAACAGGGCCCCGUCUACUGAUGAUUCUCCUAAACCUGCUCUUGAUCUAGUUCUGAAGGUUGAGGAGAAUAUUUCCCAAAGUUCAGCUUGCCAAUUUGUAGUAAGUACAUCUAAUGCACAGACAGUUUUGAUAAAAUCUGAAAGCCAAUCGAAGGGAAAUGGUGAGAGAGGGGCAGCAUCAAUGCUACUCGGUAUUGGAACUGGCCUUGGUGUUAAUCCAAGUGGAGCACAAAGUCAUAGCACUGAGUGUCCUAUCAGUGGAACGCAAACUACUGCUCAGAGUAGUACAGUUGCUUCAAGCGGUCAUGGGACAACACGUAUUCCCAGCAAUGGUCAUUCUAACUUGGAUUUAGAAAGUAUACCUUGCACAUCUUCAGCUCAGAUAGUCUCAAAGACACCAUUAGCUGUUCAGUCUCGCCCAACAAUGGACAAAGUUGGACUAGAUGAGAUGUGCCAUCACGUGCCCAGUAUGGAACCAAAACGUCGAUCUAUGGAUGACCUUGUUAAAGUAGAAAGUUCUUUGGAAGCAAGUGAGCUUCCACUACUCCUCCAUGACUUACUUGAGCAAGAGAAAAUAGAAUUGCAGCAGCAACAAUUGGGAGAAUCACAGUGUGUACCACCACCACAACCGCAGCAACAUUCAACACCUAAGGCCCUUCAAGUUCUGCAACAACUUGAGGUUUCACAUCAACAGAGUCAUCCAGGACUUCCUCAACACCUUUCAACAACACAGCAAUCUCAGCACCUUGAGGGGCCAUCACAGAAUUUAAACCUACCACAACAACAUAUCCUGGGAGUGAUACAGCAUCAUCACUUGGGGAUCCCAAGAUCUCUUCCAUCUUCACAGCAACAGCAGUUGACAGCGUCCCAACAACGGCUUGGAACCUCACCACAUGUCGUCAUGUCACAACAGCAGCAGCAGCAUGUGGCAACAGGGCAACACCCACCACAGCAGCUGGUGGCUUCGCAACAGAGUCAGCAUAUGACCUCCCCACAACUGCUGUCAACUCAGCAGUUGGCUGUAUCACAGUUGGGCAUCAUGCAGCAGACACAGCAAGUUGUGAUGCAGCAGCAGCAGCAGCAGCAGCAAUUAGCCAAUGCUUUCUUCCCAGAUACAGAUUUGGAUAAAUUUGCAGCUGAUGAUAUCAUGGAUCCUAUUGCCAAGGCAAAAAUGGUGGCUUUGAAGGGAAUUAAAAAAGUCAUGGCACAAGGAAACAUCACUGUAGCACCAGGGAUGAAUAGGCAGCAGGUUUCAUUGUUGGCACAGAGGUUGGCUGGGGCUCCAGGAACAAAUGAGACGCCGACAAAAUUGACACCUGGAAACAGUCAGCAGGAGGCUAAUAAUGACCAGAUGCAAGCUCGGCCAAAUCCACCAACCUUUGUCCAAGGCUUUAUCAAUGAGGCAGAGCACCGUCAAUAUGAAGAAUGGCUGCUCCAUACACAGCAGCUGCUUCAAAUGCAGCUGAAAUUUUUAGAGGAACAAAUUGGCGUCCACAGGAAGUCCAGGAAAGCAUUAUGUGCCAAGCAACGAACUGCUAAGAAGGCAGGACGUGAGUUCCCUGAGGCAGAUGCAGAAAAACUUAAACGGGUUACAGAGCAACAAAGUAAAAUCCAGAAACAACUUGAUCAGGUCCGUAAGCAACAAAAGGAGCAUACAAAUCUAAUGACAGAAUAUCGAAAUAAACAGCAACAAAAAUGCUCUUUAUCUCCCUCUGGGCUGAUGCCAACAACCUCUUCCCAGAACCCGAGAGUAAUGCCCAAACUUUCAACACCCAUGUUAUCAGCAGCAUUAGCUCAGCAAGGGGGCGCAAUUGUUGGAACUCAAGCAAUAGCUCAACAACCAAGUACGCUAAUAGGACACACAGGAAAUAUGAGAGUGCCACAAAUCGGGGCUACAGUACCACUGCAGCAGGGCCCAACAUUCUUAACCUCAACUGUGACUCAGCAACCGGAGUAUCCCCCUGCCUCAGGAACUGUAUCUUCUGCUCCCUCAACCAGCUUUUUUUCUGGAAAUUCUGCUGCUCAAACACUUACAAAUGAAAGCAGACUCCUACAGGAGAGACAGCUUCAGCUGCAGCAAAGAAUGCAACUUAUUCAACAGCAAGGACUUGUAGGACCGUCUCAGCAGCAAAGCAUCAUGGGGAAGUUACAGCAGCAAGGUAUCAUUGGGCAGCUUCAGCCAACGACGCAACCAAGUAUUGUGGGUAACAAACCAAUACAGCAGGGUAUCAUGGGCCAACAGCAACAGGCCUUCAUUGGACAACAGCAGGGGAUUGCUGUCCAGUCACAACACCAACCUGUUCAGCAGCUACCCCAACAGCACAGCAACAUGACUCAGACACCGCAACAGCCAGCAACACAGCACCAACAGAAUCUGGCACCUCAACAGCAUCUGAGGUUGCUGAGUCAACAGCAAGGCCUCCUUGGGCAUCAGCAACCACACCAACAGGGUCUUUCAAGUCAUCCAAAACCUCCGCGGACCCAGCAAGGUCCUAUGGCUCAGCAGUUGACACAUCAGCAAGCUCUUGCAGUUCAACAGCAAGUGCUCACUUCUCAGCAGCAGCAGCAACAGAAUCUGGUUUUACAGCAGCAGGCAUCCAGUGCUCCUUUGCAACAGCAAGGGCUCAUAGGACAUCAGCAAGGGGUUGUAUCCCAGAAUCAGCAAUUGGCAACAAUGCCACCACUACAACAGCAUCACCUUCAGGCUGUAUCAGGACAACUCCACCCACAAAGUGUUAUCAGACCAAACAAUAUCCUGAGACUUUCCACACCAUUCCAACAGCAAAGCACAAUGGGGCAUCAAACUCGAAUGCAGGGUAUAAUGAGGCAGCAGUCUCAGGAUGUUUUGGGCCAGCAUCUCGCAACACCAGGCCUAAUGGGACAGCAGACUCCACUGCAAGUCAUCAGGCACCAACUGCCAGGCAUAAUUGGACAGGCGCAGCAGCAGCCUCAAGGCAUGAUAGGGCAGAGCAUAAGGCAGCAGCAUGCACCCGAAGUCUCAGGGGAGCAAGGGCAGCAAUCCCAGUCUCAAGGAACAAUGGGUCAGGGACAGCAGCAUCAACCCCAGAGCACAAUUGGACAGGGACAGGAAAAUCAGCCCCAUGCUGUAAUGGGAAUCGGACAGCAACCACAGCCUUCUCUCCAGCCCCAGGUAACAAUGGGGCAAGGGAUGGAGCAGCAGCAACAGCCUCUUCAAGCCCAGGUUAGGAUGGGGCAGCAGUCACAGCCAUUAUCCCAGCCCCAAAACAUGGUGGACCAAGGAAUUGUACAGCACCUGACACAGAGCCCAAUGGGUCAGCAGCCUCCUCAGGGUCCACUAGGGCAGGGAAUGCCGCAACAGCAGUCAUCCCAGGUGGCAGUGGGGAUAGGACAGCAGUCACCCCAGAGUACAGUGGGGCUGGGACAUCAGCAGACACAGCCUCAGGGCCCAGGAGGAUUGGGAAAGCAGCAGCCCCACCAUCAGGCCACAUUGGUGAUGGGACAGCAACAGGCCCAGCCUCAGGGCCCGACGGGCAUGGGACAGCAAAAGGCCCAGCCUCAGGGCCUGAUGGGAAUGGGACAGCCUCAAGGCCUGACGGGAGUGGGACAGCAACAGGCCCAGCCUACGGGCCCAACGGGAGUGGGACAGCAACAGAGCCAGCCUCAGGGCUUGACAGGAGUGGGACAGCCACAGGGCCAGCCUCCCGGCACAGUCGGAAUGGAACAACAGCCCCAUCAGGGAACAGUGGGGUUGGGACAGCAUCAGGCCCAGCCUCCAUCUCCAGGUGCAGCAGGGAUGGGGCAGCCGCAGGCCCAGACCCAGGCCCAGCCUCUGGGCACGGAGGGGAUGGGACAACCCCAGGCACAGGCCCAGCCUCAAGGCACAGUGGGGAUGGGGCAACUGCAGGCACAAGCCCAGCCUCAGGGCGUGGCAGGAAUGGGGCAACCGCAGACCCAGGCCCUGCCACAUGGCGUGGUGGGAAUGGGGCAACCACAGGCCCAGGUCCAGGCUCAGGGUGCAGCAGGGUUGGGGCAGCCGCAGGCCCAGCCUCAGGGCGCAGCGGGGUUGGGGCAGCCGCAGGCCCAGCCUCAGGGCCCAGGGGGGAUGGGGCAGCCGCAGGCCCAGGCCCAAACCCAGCCUCCGGGCCCGGUGGGGAUGGGGCAGCCGCAGGCCCAGGCCCAAACCCAAACCCAGCCUCAGGGCCCAGUAGGGAUAGGGCAGCCGCAGGCCCAGGCCCAAACCCAAACCCAAACCCAGCCGCAGGGCCUGGCAGGGAUGGGGCAGCUGCAGACCCAGGCCCAAACCCAAACCCAAACCCAGCCACAGGGCCCGGCGGGGAUGGGGCAGCUGCAGGCCCAGGCCCAGGCCCAAACCCAAACCCAGCCUCAGGGCCUGGCGGGGAUGGGGCAGCUGCAGGCCCAGGCCCCAACCCAGCCUCAGGGUGUGGGUGGGAUGGGGCAGCCACAGGCCCAGGCCCAGCUUCAGUGCACAGCGGGGCUGGGGCAGCAACAGGCCCAGCCUCUGGGCACACUGGGAUUGGGACACCAUCAGACCCCUUAUCACGGUGCAGUGGGGAUGGAGCAGCAACAGGCCCAGUUUCCGGGCACAUUCAGAAUGGGACACCAACAGCAGUUAUCCCAGAAUACAGUGGGGCUAGGACAGCAACAGGCCCAGCCUCAGGGUACAUCGGGAGUGGGGCUGCAACAGCAGUUAUCCCAGGAUACACUCGGAAUGGGGCAGGCCCAGCCUCAGGGCACAGUGGGGAUAGGGCAGCCACAGGCCCAGGCCCAGCCUCAGGGCGCUGCGGGGAUGGGGCAGCCGCAAGCACAGGCCCAGCCUCAGGGCACACUGGGGUUGGGACAGCAGCAGACCCCUUAUCACGGUGCAGUGGGGAUUGAGCAGCAACAGGCCCAGUUUCAAGGCACGCUCAGAAUGGGACACCAACAGCAGUUAUCCCAGGGUACGGUGGGGCUAGGACAGCAACAGGCCCACCCUCAGGACACAUUGGGGUUGGGGCUGCAACAGCAGUUAUCUCAGGAUACACUCGGAAUGGGGCAGCAACAGGCCCAGCCUCAGGGCACAGUGGGGACAAGGCAGCCUCAGGCUCAGGCCCAGGCUCAGCCUCAGGGCCCGGAGGGGAUGGGGCGCCCUCCAGCCCAGCCCCAGCCUCACGUCCCUGCAGGAAUGGGGCAGCCUCAGGCCCAGCCUCAGGGCCCAGCGGGGACAGGGCAGCCUCAGGCCCCAGCCCAGCCUCAGGGUCUGGUGGGGAUGGGGCAGCCUCAGGGGAUGGUGGGGAUGGGGCAGCAGCGUCAGCCUCAGGGCAUGAUGGGAAUGGGCCAACCCCAGCUUCGGGGCACAGUGGGGAUUGGACAACAAUCUCAAGUGCAGGGUCAGAUGGGGCAGGUAAAGCAACAGCCUCAAGGUUUGACUGGGAUGAGACAAGGACAGCAGCAGCAACUGCUGCAAGGCCUAAUGGGGCAGUGGCAACUCCAGUCUCAGGCUGUAGUUCGGCAGGGACAGGCACAAAGCCUGAUAGGGCAAGGACAGUUGCCACAGAGCUUAAUAGGUCAAGAGCACGGACUGCAGCAGCCACGUCCGCAAAGUAUUUUGGUGCAGGGUCAGGGACAGCAGCAGCAGUUGCAGAAUCUAAUAGGACAGAGCCAGUCACCAGGUACAAUGGGACAAGGACAACGGACGCGGGCCUUGGGUACAGUUGGUGGACAGCAAUCCCUGCAGGCUUCCGGUAUGGUGGGGCAGGAGAAAGAGCAGGAACAACAACCUGCAGGCACAGCCAGGCAGGGGCAACAGCAAGGCAAAAUUGUAAUGGAACAGGAACCUUUGCUGCCUUCCCAGUGCAUCAUGGGGCAGGACCGCACCCAGCCAUCAACUCAGAAUAUGGUGAGGCAGCAGCAGCUGUCCAAAAAUGUGGCAGGUCUGGUGCGUGCUCAAGGUUUGAUCUAUCAGAAUUUACAAACUCGAGCAGUGACAGCAGUGCAACAACCAAUGCAGCAAGGACAGCCGCGACUUGUGAGUCAGCAGGGUCAAUUAAUGAGACGUGUGCAACAACAAACUGUAAUGGGUCUACACCAAAACAAUGGUCUCGGUUUGCAAGGAGUGAUGCGAGUAGCAACAUCUCAGCAGCAUGGAACUUUGGGCGAUCCAAGACAUGGCGUACAGAACAUCGUGACUUCGCAGUCAUUUCAGCAACAGCACGCGGGCCUAUGUUCAGUUCAUGUAACUGGUCAGCAGAUAGGGUUAGGCCAUCUUCGUCCAGGCAUGGUAUAUGUUCAACAGGUUAAAACCGAACAUGGCGGGAAGCCACAAGAGAUGGCCCAACUAAUUCAGAACAAGCGAGCAAGGCAGAAUGUGGAACCAGGAAGUGAACUCGUGCCUGGCCAAGCUCAUUCCAAUCAUUUGCAAACGUCACGUCCAGAAUUAAAUCAAACUAAUUUGGGAGAUGUAUCUCUGCAAGGUGAAUCUUUGGAGACCGUAAUACAGCUGCAACCAGAAUUGCUUAAAGACAAUGAAUCUGAAGAAAAUAGUGCUUGCACGACAGACCUGAUCUCAAUUAUGCCUCAAAAGAUACCUGACUCAAAGUCUGAAAUGUCAGUAAUAAAGCCAUGUGGGACUGUUGAAAAAGCAAGCACGGUUACUGAUUUGCAAACCAGUAUUAAUGUUGAGAUCCGUGAACAAAGUGACUCGAAGACAGCUUGUACGUUUGACUUCCCAAUAUCUCCCCAAAGCCAUGCAACAAAGGAGGAAUGUAUUGGACUAUCGGAAUCAUCGCUGUUGAAUCAAACCAACGGUCAGGAAGAAUAUGCACUGAAAGUCACAGGAAAGCAGGACAGCUGUUCUAAAUUACAGGAAAGUGUUGUUAAGGACGCCAACACAGGAGGUAAUGGUCACAUAGUGAAACAGGAAAGUGUUGAUGCAAUUCGUUGUGGAUUUCCAGAAGGAACUGUGAAGCGAGAGUCAAAUACUGACUCUAUGAGUGCCUUGAAUGCAGGGGAUCAUUCUUUUCUUGCUCCAAGAUCUGAGGCCGGACAACUGCUUCUUCAGAAACUGUUACGCACUAAGAACUUGCAGCUUGUUGCACAACGCUCUGGAGAUCGAACACAUUUGACUGUAAAAGGUCAUAUUGAAAGCAAAACUGUGAUGAUUGAUCAAAAACUACAAGGUGUAACAACAAAUUUAGAGAUAAAGGAAUUUCAGGAAGUUAGCAAGAAAAACUUGGGCCCCAAAACAAAACGGACACAAAAAGCAACUGAUAGAGGCACCAACUCUCGAAAGAAGAAUAAAAAGGAUGAAGGAAUAAAAACUACUGAUGCCCUAAUGAAGCAGUUGCAACAGCAACUCUCCCUUCUUCCUUUGGUGGAACCUACCAUUGAGGUGAACUUUGGUCUCUUUCCUCCAUUUGGGAGCAGUCCAUUCAACAGCAAAAAUCAGCUGAAAGGGUCAUUUGGGAACGCUGUUCUAGAUAGUGCACCAGAUUACUACUCUCAGCUCCUUUACAAGCAGAACAAUCUGAGUAAUCCACCAACCCCGCCUUCCUCAUUGCCUCCCACCCCUCCCCCGUCUGUCCAGCAGAAACUUGUGAAUGGAUUGGCCACUUCUGAGGAACUGACAGAAGAACAGAAAGAGCUUGAAGGUCAAAAAGAUCUUCUAACAACAGAAUUGAAGAAUAUGGAUAUGUUGGCUUCCUUGCCCACACCACCACACAACCAAAAUGAGGAGCUCAGUAGAGCAGAGAUUGAAGACGACCGGCACACACCAGACAGCAUUGUGCCAGCAUCCUCACCAGAAAGUGUGUUUGAGCAAGAAACAUCCAGGUUUCCCUUGCUGACUGAAAUUAAGGAAGAGUCAAUGGACCGUGCUCUUUCUCCUGUGAUUCCCAUAAUUCCAGGAGCUUGUAUUCCAGUAUUUCCUGAUACAAAGCCAUUUGUAGAUACAGAACCAUUUGGGGGAAAUACUGAGAAGGAUACAUCUUUCCCUGGGCCAUGGAAGAGUGGUAAAGGAAGCCAAGUUGCAGUCACACUGGAUGUCUCAGGAGCUGCUGCUAAGGACAUAAACAGAAUGAUGACAACUUUUGCUCAGCUGCUUCAGAUGAAGAUCCCAGGUUCUUAUGAAGUUACGUCUGUUCCUGACAGUCCACGCUCCUUUUUACCUGAUGGAAAAAGAACUAUAUUGGAUGCUUCUGAUCAAGUGGGCUCCAAAGAAGAACCAAUGGAUCUGGAGAAACUGGUGCUGGAAAAACAUAAUUGGUUCAAACAGUAUGAUGUUACAUUGCCAGGCUCCACUGUUAAGGCAUCAGGAAAAGAGCUUGCAACUGUCACGCCGGAAGUUUCCUCUGAUGGUCCAAUAAAGGAAAGAGUUGUAGUGCAUCAUUAUAGCAACAAUAUGUCUAUCCUAGAUGUUCACCAGCUUCCCAUAUUACAACCAGAGAGCUCUCCACCCUCAUCCCCCAGUGUAUCGUCACCUGGAACUCCAGCAGAGUCAAGUAAACCUGACCCACCAGUUGAGUCACCAAAAAUCAAACAUUCUCUUCCACUGGAUGAAAAGCAGUUUGAGGAGCCUCCGCCGCAACUGAAGAGGUGGAGGGGAAUCCGUUGGAAACGUUUGGAACUUAAAGUCUUAUUUCACAAGGGGAAGUUUAAGCAUGUGUCUCAACAUGAAAUUGAAGAGCUUAUUCAGAAGCUGGGAACAUCGUUAAAACCAGACCCCAUGCCCAAGGACACUAGGAGAUGCUGCUUCUGUCAUGAAGAAGGUGAUGGAAUUACAGAUGGGCCUGCAAGACUCUUGAACCUUGACCUGGAUUUGUGGGUGCACCUAAAUUGUGCGUUGUGGUCCUCUGAAGUGUAUGAGACUCAGGCAGGGGCACUGAUAAAUGUGGAAGUGGCUUUCCACCGAGGACUCACCACAAAGUGUGCUUUUUGUCAGAAGACAGGAGCGACUACCGGUUGUCAUCGGGUCCGAUGCCCAAACACCUAUCACUUUGCUUGUGCUAUUCGUGCCCGUUGUAUGUUUUUUAAGGAUAAGACUAUGCUUUGCAGUCAACAUAAACUGAAGGGAGCAAAUGAGCAGGAAAUUAAGUGUUUUGCUGUUUACCGUCGCGUCUACGUUCAGAGAGAUGAAGUGAAGCAGAUUGCUAGCAUUGUACAGCGAGGCAAGCGCAGUCACAUGUUUAGGGUUGGUGGGCUGAUCUUCCAUACCAUUGGUCAGUUGCUGCCCCAUCAGAUGCAGGAAUUCCACAGUGUGACAGCUCUUUAUCCAAUUGGAUAUGAAGCAACACGUAUUUAUUGGAGCAUGCGAUACACUAACAAGCGUUGUUGCUACCACUGCACCAUCAAUGAUACAAAUGGGAAACCGGAGUUUGGCAUCCAGGUUAUUGAGCAAGGACAUGAGGAUCUGAUUGUUACUGACUGGACCCCACAAGGUGUUUGGAACCAAAUUCUUGAACCAGUUGUGCGACUGCGGAAAGAAGCAGACAUGUUACGACUUUUUCCGGAUUACAUUAAAGGAGAGGACAUGUUUGGACUCACGAUCCAUGCUGUCCUAAGAAUCGCAGAGUCGUUGCCAGGUGUGGAGAGUUGUCAGAAUUACAUAUUCAGGUAUGGUCGGCACCCGCUUAUGGAGCUCCCACUAGCUGUCAAUCCAACAGGUUGUGCACGAUCUGAGCCGAAAAUUAUGACUCAUUACAAACGGCCACACACCUUGAACAGCACCAGCACAUCAAAAGCAUUUCAGAGUACAGUAACUGGAGAGAUUAACACUCCCUACAGCAAGCAGUUUGUCCACUCCAAAUCCUCUCAAUACCGCCGACUGAAAACUGAGUGGAAAAAUAAUGUUUACCUGGCUCGAUCUCGAAUACAGGGUCUGGGUCUCUACGCAGCCAAAGACCUUGAGAAGCACACAAUGGUGAUUGAAUACAUAGGGACAAUCAUCCGUAAUGAGGUUGCAAACCGCAGGGAGAAAUUGUAUGAGACUCAGAAUCGAGGUGUUUACAUGUUUCGAAUCAAUAAUGAACAUGUGAUUGAUGCUACUUUAACUGGAGGCCCAGCCAGGUAUAUCAAUCAUUCCUGUGCCCCCAACUGUGUAGCAGAGGUUGUGACCUUUGACAAGGAGGACAAAAUAAUCAUUAUCUCGAGCAGACGAAUUCCAAAAGGAGAGGAGCUGACUUAUGACUAUAAGUUUGAUUUUGAAGACGAUCAGCACAAGAUUCCAUGCCAUUGUGGAGCACUCAACUGCAGAAAGUGGAUGAAUUAAAACAUUUAAAGCAAUUUUAGCUGAGUCAGAAUUCACAGUUUCAGAUAGUUCAGAAUUCUGGACUUUUGUAUUGGUGUACUCAGAAAUCAUACUGACAGAUAUUGCUACAUGGAGUCUCUCAGCAGCAAAACAAUGAAGAUGGGAAAAGUUCACUAGUUUACAAAGAAGUAUUUACCAAAUUUCAUGUUGAAGAAUCUUUGUAGUUGAGAGAGAGUGUAGUGAUAUUGUUGCUGAGAUUUGCAGAGCCUUUUCACAACAUUUAGAUACUGAAACAAAUGGGCUGAGCAGUUGUAUGGAGAUAUUAAGAUAUACAGCCAAGGACUGCGUUUCCUGCCAGGCCUGUGGGUUGGUUCUGAAUGUAAUCUAAUUUUUUUUUGUCUAUAGUCCCCAUGAGAGAAAGAGAGAGAGAAUGAGAUCCUUUCAUUGUGCAGACCCUUUCUGAAGGGACUCAACCUGAAAGACUGAUUUAAUUUCUAUUCCAAUCAAAGAAGGGAAGAGUCACCAGCUUUUUAAAAAAACAAACUCUGCUGGGUCUCUGGUUUUAGACAGGUGUGGUACAUCUCAAGGAGAAAGGAAAUGGGGUUUCAUCUGACAAGAUGUAUUUUCUUGAAAAAUACAAAAAUAUUUGAACAUUGCGGGUAUAAGUAAAAUCAAUGCAUGUUUUUUUUUAUAUAGAAUGCAAGUGAUUUGAAACCAAGGCAGUGAUUUUAAAAAGCAGCACUCCUAAAAACACUAGAGUUUUGAAGAGAUUGUGUCCAUUGGGUGUGAUAAAUUUCAAUGCAUUUGGAGAUUUGGAUUUCCCAUGCUAUUUGCCCUAAUUGUAUGCUGGAGAAUCAGUGUGGGAUUUCUUGGUUGGAAGGUUUUUAGUUACUUGACCAGAAUCAAUAAUGUAAACAUUUCAAAAAACAGACCUAUUUUGUGUGUUUUCUAGUAUCUUCAGCUUGUAGUUUAUUUCAAGGGAAGUUAACUCCAUAACUGACUAAAAUAUAGAAGAAAGAAAAUCAUAGUUAGCUUGGUAGAAACUGAGAAGAGUAAAGCCUCCAUCCACACUGGUCACCUUGUGUAAAACCUGAGUGACCAUCUAGUAAAUGUAGAUCUUUUACAUAUUAUGACUCAAAAGUAAUAUGCGAAAGACACUUUUGAAAGACAAUCCACACUAGUAAGAGCUCGCUAGGACCAGUUGCUUGGUCCUCUGGGAGUUUACUGGAAAGAAUUUAAUAAAAAGAGACUCUGGGGCUGGCACAGACAAUUCUAAUACGGUUACUGACAUGAUCUGGUUGUAACUGAGAGUUUAAAUUGUCCAGCUCCCUACUCUGAAUCUGGAGAAUCCCUUUUAAGCUGUUGACUUACACGUCCCUGAUUGGUGACAUUUUUCUCCAAUAUAAUUUAUAUUGCUUCAAAAAUAGAAGUAACAAUGCACGAGUCAUAUAUAGCUAUCUAAUUUGGACGAUCAGGACCUUUAGGUUAAACUUUAAGUCCUCAGUUGCUGAUCGACGGCAUAAAACACAGUGAAAAGGAAGACGGCACGUGAAGACUUGGUCUGCAGCCACCUUGAUCCUAUUCAAUCAGUAUCAACAGGCGAGUGGCUAGGGCAUUUGGUUCAACGCACAAACGGACUCUCUCUGAAAUCUCUUGCAGAGGAGACUUGCACUGAAGGAUUUCUCACCUACUUGAUUCCACAAGUCAUUUUACUGUAGUUUUGUUCCUGUAAUAUAUAUAUGAAAGUGUGAAUUUUAUUCGGAUCAGUAGGAUAGGUCUGGAUGGGGGAGUUCUUUUUUUAUUGGCGCAAUUCAUAAAAGCUGCUGCCCCCACUGCAUCUUCUCCACACUGCAACUGUAAAAAUGUAAAUAUGAAACUUGUAGAAAUCUCCAAAGCAGAAACCACUGGAUCAGAUUCUCAUUCAUACAAAUGAACGGUUGGUAUUGGUGAUAUAAAAUAGCUGCUGGUUGGAUUGAAGCAGGGAAGAUAUUAGCAUGCAAUGAGAAGAUUCUAGGUAAUGUAGAUCAUGUUAGAUAAAUUUAAGCUUACAGUGUUUUACUGUUUUUAUAAUUAAAGCUGAUUUCAGCCCUCUCAAAUGACAGGAGCAGGGGUGUCUUUUAAUGGAAAAUUCUAAUUUAAAAAUGGGACUUUUUUCAUGUUAACUGAAGCUGUCCACGGAGCCCUGAUGCAUUGUGGGAUCCCACUUCCCUAACUGACACAGUUGGGGAGGUUGCAGUCACGUAAUGUAUUGUUGGAACAUGCUCAGUUAACAAAUGAAGAUGUCCUAUUUGCAGUAAAGCCUUGUCCAUACUGUUUACACUCUGAGCUAGGUAUUUUGUGGUGCAUUUUAUCCUUGCAAUUGGGGCAAAAACAGAAGCAGAGAUUUCUUGAGUAUUUUUUAAUGAUAAAGUAAAGUUGCAGAAUAUGAGAGUUUUUUUUUGUUUGUGUUGUGUGCAUUCUGUACAGCAAAUGUUGUCACUGGUAAUGAAUUAAAAUUAUCCUUUUUUAUUGUAUGUGGCAUGUUUUUUUUGUACUGAACAUAAGUUGAAUUGUAUAUAAUUUAUGUCAAAGAGCCAAGAUGCUCUAUGUAUUAAAUCUCCUGCAGGAAUAAGCUUAUUCUGUACAUCCCUGGUACAUGUAGAGACCGUUUAUGAUCAUGUUGGCUAGAUUGUACAAACCUUUUUUAAAUACAAAUGUAGCAUCUUUGCAUUACUGUAUGAUAAAUAAGGACAUCUGUUCCUACAGAGGUGAAUUUACUGCAUUAAAACUGUUUGAAAUAAAAUAA